AUGAGGUUUCUCACCAGUAUAACCGUGGCAGCCCUCUCUGGGCUUGCUGCUGCUGCAUCACAGCAAAGCGCCGAUGUCUUUAUCCUCGAUUCCAAACAACAACAAACAUCCCGCGAACUGCCCCGGCUACCAAAAGAAGUCGUUCGCCAUAUUCUUCUCCAAAGGACAUCUAGACACAACUACGGCAGCGAUCUUCGCGACAUUCCUAGCUCCAUCGAUACUGAGGCCGCGAUCAGCUCUAUUGCGAAGUACGGCAAGAGUCCGGCACCUCUUUUCUCCCAAACCGAGACGAGCGACCCAUCACAACUAGUGGUUAUCCUCGAGGGCAUCACUGCCGAGAACGUUCAACCUUUGAAGGAAUCGCUCGCCAAGUCAAGCCAGCAUGCCGCUUUCGCCAUCUCAGAUCCGCCAUCCAAGGUGGCCAAUGAUCGCCUGAUGUCACUUUUCCAAAACUUGGGUAUUGCUGCGCCAGAGCAGUGCGACCUGGCCUCUGCUAUCAACCCUGUCAACGGAGACUGCUGGACGGGCUCCUCGUCAGUGGUCAAGUACGAUGUCAAGAAGUCGCCCGAGGCCCUUAAUACUCUUGUCGACAACCUGAGCCGUCUCAACAAGUUCAUCUCCUCCGGCGAUCUCGAGGCCCUUCUCGUCCUCAUGCCCGAGUCUAGCCGUUCUUCCAAGCUCAACCAGUGGAGCGUCAAAGCCGCCACCGGCUCCGAUCUCCGCCGCCGCUUCAACUCCGAGACCGUUAUCGUCGACGACUCCGUCCGCGGCGCGAACGGUGCCGCCGCCCCGACACAGCCUCCCGUUUCCCGCCCGACUAAGAGUCCUCUGCAGGCUGCCGCUAGAAAGUCGAUUCCGCAAUGCUUCACCUCACAGAAGAGCUGUGAGGACCAGACCAACACUUGCUCCGGCAACGGCAAGUGCGUGAACAAGUGGGGAGGCAAGAACGGUACUGUCGAGACCAGCGGCGGCAGCUGCUUCGUUUGCAAGUGCCUGGCCACUCCCGAUGGUGACCAAACUAAGCACCAGAAGUUGAAGCAUUGGGGCGGUAACAUGUGCCAGAAGGAGGAUGUCAGCAUGCAGUUUUGGCUUAUUGCCGGGUCUACCAUUGCCCUUGUCGGCGCUGUCGCCUUUGCCAUUGGACUGUUGUUCGCUGUGGGCGAGGAGAAGAUGCCCGGUGUUCUGGGCGCUGGUGUGGUUAGGGGGUCAUCGACUAAGUAA